AUGGAGCGGCGCGCGAACUCUCGGGGCGAGCCCCGCGCCUGGCCCGCCGGGCCCGUGCUGUGCCGCGGCUGCGUGGAGCCUCUCAUCUUCCUUGCCAACUUCGCCUUGGUCCUGCAGGGCCCGGUCACCACGCAGUACCUGUGGCACCGCUUCAGUGCCGACCUUGGCUACAACGGCACUCGUGACAGGGGCAGCUGCACCAACCAUAGCGUGGACCUCACCGCGCAGAAAGUGGAGACGCUUACCUCCCACUGGACCCUCUACAUGAACAUGGGCGGCUUCCUGGUGGGACUCUUCUCGUCCACCCUGCUGGGUGCCUGGAGUGACUGUGUGGGCCGCCGCCCGCUGCUGGUGCUGGCCUCCCUCGGCCUGCUGCUCCAGACCGUGCUGUCCAUCUUUGUGGUACAGCUGCAGCUCCACGUUGGCUACUUCGUGCUGGGCCGCAUCCUUUGUGCCCUCCUCGGCGAUUUCAGCGGCCUCCUGGCUGCUGGCUUUGCCUCCGUGGCAGAUGUCAGCUCCAGCCGCACCCGUACCAUCCGAAUGGCCCUGCUGGAAGCGUGCAUCGGGGUGGCAGGGAUGCUGGCGAGUCUCGUUGGUGGCAACUGGCUCCAGGAGCAGGGUUAUGCCAACCCUUUCUGGUUGGCCUUGGCCUUGCUGAUUGCCAUGACUCUCUAUGCAGCAUUCUGCUUUGGUGAGACAGUGAAAGAGGCGACACCCGCCCGGCUCUUCACACUCCGUCACCACCGAUCCAUCGUCCAGCUCUAUGUGACCCAGGCCCCGGAGAAGUCCAGGAAGCACUUAGCCCUGUACUCGUUGGCCAUCUUCGUGGUGAUCACUGUGCACCUUGGGGCCCAGGACAUCCUGACCCUCUAUGAGCUGAGCACACCCCUCUGCUGGGACUCUAGGCUGAUCGGCUACGGUUCUGCGGCUCAGCACCUCCCAUACCUCACCAGCCUGCUGGGCCUGCGGCUUCUGCAGUACUGCCUGGCCGACACCUGGGUGGCUGAGAUCGGUCUGGCCUUCAACAUCAUGGGGAUGGUGGUCUUUGCAUUUGCUACCAUUACACCCCUCAUGUUCACAGGGUACGGGCUCCUCUUCCUGUCGUUGGUCGUCACGCCUGUCAUCCGGGCCAAACUCUCCAGGCUGGUGAGAGAGUCAGAGCAGGGUGCUCUCUUUUCUGCUGUGGCCUGUGUGAAUGGCUUGGCCAUGCUGACAGCCUCCGGCAUCUUCAACUCGCUCUACCCAGCCACCCUGAACUUCAUGAAGGGCUUCCCUUUCCUCCUGGGAGCUGGCCUCCUCUUCAUCCCGGCCGUCCUGAUUGGGAUACUGGAAAGGGCUAAUCAUUGCCCUGAAUUCCAGCAGUUUUCCCAGAGCCCCUGAUCUGCCUGGACCAGAGGGCAGGGGGCGAGAGGAGCAACGUGAACGCCAACCAGCUGGAAGUACACGCCUCUGGGUCCCAGUCCUCAGCAGCAGCGGCAGCUCCCCUCAAAGGGCAGUGUUCACCUUGGACCAGGUGGUCAAGCUAGACCAAGGCCCCCACCUCAUCCACGCCGUGCCUGCCUGUGAUUCUAGGAUCUGGAAUUGUAACCCAGACAGUCCCACUCAGGGCGGGCGGUGUGGGAGCCAUUUGGAACAGGCAUCUGUUAACCCUUUAGUCCAUCAAUCACGUAGAACCCUCCAGGGGAGAGGAGAGGUCCUGAUGGAGGGACCAGUUGAAGCAUGAGGGCAGCACCUCUGCUUCCAACCCAAACUGUGCAGCCCACCGUGCUGAGUUCACGGCCAAGCAGCUACCAGUCACUCCU